AUGGCAGGGCUCAGUUCGCAGCUGGAUCACUUUCUUCACGCGCGGCUGCACUCGCACAAGGAGAACUGGCUCGAAAAAUCUUUGAUCAAGGCAGAGGAGCUCUCAGGCCUCCCUAGGGAGCAUGUGAGUUUUUCAGGUAUUUCUGAGAGACUAGUUUAUAGCUCAAAUAGGCGCAUUUCAAUGAUAUUUCUAGUUGACGGCAAGGGUGAUGAUUUUCACGAUUGUUUACCUGUUGUUCGGCGGCAUUCUUCUGACUGCUUCUAACGUUAUCGGCGUCGUUUACCCUGCUUUCAAGUCUCUCCAAGUAGGUAAUCCUUGAAAGUCCGAGUCAGGAGAAACUUCAGGCGAUACGUAGUCAGCGAUUUGACCAGCAUAUGGUUUCGCUUUGGGUGCUCUACUGGAUAAUUUUUGGGUUUUUCACAGUCCUCGACACUACUCCUGCUACCAGUCUGCCCUUCUACUAUGCAGCUAAGGUAGUUGGUGUUUAUUUUAACUUCAGUAUGAAAAAUAUCUCUCAAACCAAAAACUUUCUCCUUGGAUUGCACUUCGUUUUUAUUAAAAUCAGAUUUAGGCGUCCGCCCUGCUAUACCUCUACUUACCGUCGACUUUCGGAAUCAUCACCGUCGAGAAGAUUUUGGAACCACUUUUCGCAUUUGUGGACAGUUAUUUAUCGUCUGAAGUCGUUGUCGCCGACGUUCGGAAUUAA